AUGGAUUCACAAGGCCGGAAGGUUAUUGUCGUCGACAACGGAACCGGCGUCAGUUUAUAAUUUGUCAAUUCCUCCUCCUAGUAUUCCCAUGUUUUCAGUUCGUCAAAUGCGGGUAUGCAGGUACGAACUUCCCUGCGCACAUAUUUCCUUCAAUGGUCGGACGUCCCAUCGUGAGAUCGACACAAAGAAUCGGCAACAUUGAAAUAAAGGUUUGAAUUUCGCGAAAAACAAAUCGGCUCUUAAAAUGCAAUGUUCAGGAUCUCAUGGUCGGUGAGGAAUGUUCGCAGCUCCGUCAAAUGCUCGACAUCAACUAUCCGAUGGACAACGGAAUUGUUCGAAACUGGGAUGAUAUGGGUCACGUGUGGGAUCACACGUUCGGUCCAGAAAAGCUGGACAUUGACCCGAAGGAGUGCAAACUAUUGCUCACGGAGCCGCCGCUCAACCCGAACAGCAAUCGCGAGAAGAUGUUCCAAGUGAUGUUCGAGCAGUACGGAUUCAACUCGAUCUACGUGGCAGUGCAGGCAGUGCUCACGCUCUACGCGCAGGGUCUUCUGACCGGAGUUGUUGUGGAUUCUGGAGACGGCGUCACACACAUCUGCCCGGUGUACGAAGGAUACGCAAUGCACCAUUUGACUCGGCGCUUGGACAUUGCGGGCAGAAACAUAACAAAAUAUCUGAUCAAAUUGCUUUUGCAACGUGGCUACAACUUCAACCACUCGGCCGAUUUCGAGACGGUCCGUCAGAUGAAAGAGAAACUGUGCUACGUGGCGUACGACGUGGAGCAGGAGCAGCGGCUGGCUCUCGAGACGACUGUUCUCUCCCAACAAUACACACUUCCGGACGGUCGUGUAAUCCGACUCGGCGGAGAGCGCUUCGAGGCUCCCGAGAUUCUGUUCCAGCCACAUCUGAUCAACGUGGAGAAGCCGGGCCUAUCUGAACUGCUCUUCGGCUGCAUUCAAUCCAGUGAUAUCGGUAUGGAGUUGUACAUUUCUUUCGAAAUUCUCAAUUUCCAUCAAAUUUCAGACACUCGUCUCGAUUUCUACAAACAUAUCGUGCUUUCCGGCGGUACCACAAUGUAUCCAGGUCUUCCGAGUCGUUUGGAGAGGGAACUGAAGCAACUGUACCUGGAUCGGGUGUUGCACGGAAAUACCGAAGCAUUCCAGGUGAGUACGCUCGUCCCCCGUACACUCUAGUCGCCCGUUUUAACCACUCCCAUUCCGAGAGUGGCGCCCUCCGUCGAUGAUGUGUUAACUAAAUGCAUUUCUUCGUGUGCGGCCGCUGAAAAGAACAUCUUCCGCCCCAUCACUUUCGUGUUUAUUUACCCAAAACGGCCUUGGAAAGUCGAAAUGAAACGACGAGUUUGCAGAAAUUCAAAAUCCGGAUCGAAGCGCCGCCGAGUCGGAAGCAUAUGGUCUUCCUGGGAGGGGCCGUGCUCGCCAAUCUCAUGAAGGAUCGCGAUGAGGACUUUUGGGUGUCGAAGAAGGACUACGAAGAGGGCGGAAUUGCGCGGUGCAUGGCCAAACUCGGCAUCAAGGCUUAA